UUUACGAAAACAAUGGCCGAGUGAUGUCACGAGUGACGUCAGUACGUCCUCCAUAAAUGUAGCUUAAGGAAAGGAUCGCAGCGCAGCAUUCAAAUACCCAGCCACACUAAUUUCUCAGUUAGCUGCAGUCAACGCCCGUGGAAUCACAAGUUACGAAAAUUAAAUCCUCCGGGAAGAAGUCCAAAUCCGCUUCUAGAUCGGAAGCAUCAUGGCCUAGUAUGGGCCAUCGACUCUCUUUGCCAACCAGGCUGUCGAGUGCGAUGACAUCUAACUCGCAGGAAAAUGUUGGCACGUCAGAUCCGAUAGCACAGCCGUCACAGCCUCCGCCGCCGUCAGGCCCUGCCAGAGCUACGUCGUUGUUUGGGCGCCGCUCUAGACGCGGCCGCAGCAGUGAGUCCGUCGAGGCCAAGGCGGAGAAGAAGAAGACGAAGGGUCAGCAGAACUGGGCCACCAAGCUCAACUGCCGCAAGAUGAAAGUGAACCAAAGCAAAGCCGCUUCCGAGUCGAUCGACAUCCCGCAGCCGAGCGCCGGGUGUGAGGCGUGCGUGUGCACCGGCUACCGGCGCACCGCCGAGCACCACCUGGGUGCGGGCAUUGUCUUCCAGGCGGCCGCCCCCUAUGUUCCUGAUCUCCCGGAGGUCGACUGCCUUCCACCCAAGGACCCAGACGACCUCGAGGCCGAGCAAGCCGCCGCCGCUGCGAAAAAGGCGCGUCGAAGCUCGUGUCCGAGUACUCUUGGAAGUCAGGCUAACUUGGCUCUGGCGGCUGCUGCUGGCUUGAUGCCAAACGAUCAGGAAGGUGCUGUAGGAUGUGAUCCUGUAAUUGAUCUGUCAAGAUUCAAACCCGAAGAUUUCCCCACUGAGGACUGUGAUGAGCUUGCUAGACUAGAGAGGGCCAGGGAAAUGAGGGAAGGAGUCGAACCGCCACCAGGGUUUGGUCGAUUAUGUUCCUUGCGACAACAGUUUAAUCAAAUAGGUGCUGCCGAUUUGCUUUCUCUGGACGGCCUUGCUGCCGCCCUUCUUCACGCCCACAUAGGAACACCUCCCAACUCGGACCAACAGCAGUCGCUGGUCCCAUACCAUAUACCAGAAAUUAGUGCUUCAGAAAAGGUGCAUACUCAAGUGGACUACAUUCACUGUCUUGUGCCUGAUUUGCAUCACAUCACUGCCUGUGGCUUUUACUGGGGCAAGAUGGACCGCUAUGAAGCUGAGCGACUGCUAGAAGGCCGUCAAGAAGGCUCAUUCUUAUUGAGAGACUCUGCUCAGGACGAAUACCUCUUCUCUGUGAGCUUCCGCAAGUACGGUCGUUCGCUGCACGCGCGGAUUGAGCAGUGGAACCACCGAUUCAGCUUCGACUCGCACGACCCGGGCGUCUACUCGUCGGACACGGUGUGCGGGCUGAUCGAGCACUACAAGGACCCGACGUGCUGCAUGUUCUUCGAGCCGAUGCUGACGAUCCCGCUGCCGCGCACCUACCCGUUCUCGCUGCAGCAUUUGUCGCGCGCCGUCGUCAGCUCGCGCAUCAGCUACGACGGAAUCACGCAGCUGCACAUUCCGAAGCCGCUGAAGGCUUACCUGAAGGAGUAUCACUACAAGCAACGUGUGCGUGUCCGCCACUAUGAGAAUGAAAUAUGACAGCGUGAGGUGGGCCAUGUCGCCAGGCCCCCCUACAACAGGGACUCGCUGCUCAAGUUCUACAGCUCGUUCGUCUACCAGCGUCAGUGACGCGACUGGCCGGACUAGUGCGGAAUGAAAUAUAUAGGUAAAUUUAUUGAAAUGAUGGUGUCGUCUGUCUUGCAUCACACUAUUUUGGCCAUUGAGGUUUUGCUUCGGCGGUUUUUCAUGCGGUACUUAAGUGCGCAUGAGUUGUAGUGGGUUUUUGUAACUGUCAAUAAUAUUAUUAUUACUAUCUGCAUCAUCACCGUGUAAUAUAAUGUAGCAAAUCUUCAGUGCGGACGACACAUUACGUGGUGGACAGGUCUUGCCAAAUUUGUGUAAAUGGUUUAUUUCUGCCUAUCGCGUGUUUUGGUUUGAUGAUAUUCGAAUACUACACGCUUAUAUUGAAACAAGAGAUAUAUGUUGUGUAUUUCAAUUGACUUCCAUAUUAUUUACCAGUCAAGUUGAGCACUUUGAUUAAUAGUUUCCGUCAGGUUAUUAGACUGCUCCAUAAUUAUGGAUCGUGACAUGCCAUGGUAUUUUGACUCAACAGUAAGGUGCUAGAAAUUCUACAAUUAUUAAUCUUACACCGACCGAUUUGGUCGGUAAGCCCUCGCAUAUUAUUCAAAAUCAUUCUGCAGUAUUGUGUUUGCAUCAAUCUCAAACUCUGUAAAAAUCGAUGAAAGUACGCAAAUGAAUUCCCUUACUUGACACUAAGCCUUCUGACAGGUCUCAAUUCCAUGCAUGGUAUUAUGCUUUCUUGCUGUGAUCUUUAUUGUGUUGUUUUCCGACACCCUCACAUCUGCAAAGGUUGGGAAGCCGGACAAAUUAACAUUCACUAAUUUUGGUUUCAUGGAAGCAUUUCGUUGCAUUAAAUUGUUCAAAAUUUCUCGGCUCGGUUAAAAUGAACUGAUUCGGCGUCCAAUCUGUGGCUCAAUUUCGCGUUAGAACCCACUUAUAUCUGCUGUCCUGGGGUCUGUCGCCAACCUUUUACUCUUACUUGUAGCUGUCACCAAUUCAGAGCUUUUUAUCUUAAGAGCUGCCACAAUGUAGAUCUCAGACUUGUCCAAAAUUUAUGUGUGUCAAAGAACGAGAGACCACUAACAUUUUAAUUUCACUUUCGUAAUUCUAAGCAAGAUUUUUGCGGGCGGAAAUCGGGAGAUCGGCAAAUCGUGCAGUCUUGUCUAAGUGCAGUACCUGUAAGUUAUCGUCUCAGUCAAGCCAACUUCAAAUUCGAUUGCUCAAACACUUGAAUGCAUCUAUAUUUUGAGCGACUAUGUGGCAGUUCUAGAAUAUAUUUCUCAUUGCUUGUCUAUUGCCAGAAUUACUCAAUCCCAAUGACCUUUUAAUCAAUGGCCAAAGAAGGGAAGGUGAUAAAAGUGUAGUGCUAAAUAAAUCAGACUGGAAUAUCUUGAUUGAGCAGGGCCACACACUCAAGCGUGUGAGCGCGUGUAUUUAUUGUGUGCUUCGUAUUCACCAUGCUAUUGGUUACUAUGCGUAAUAUUCUUAUGUUACUAAUUGUAAUUAAACAUUUUCCUUUUUGUAAAAUAGCUCAGUUGCCCAAACACGAUCUGUUUCAAUUCAAAAUAUACAUGUCAAUAUUGAAUGCA